ACGUAUCUGUCCGUCCGCUGCUUUCAUUUUCUCUGCUGUGAAUGUGUUUCAUCACAUGUGCAGAAGGUCAGGACACAAAACAAUAAUAACAAUAGUUUGAAACAUGGAUUUUUCUUCACCACCACCCGGAGGAAAGAUGGACUCUGCUACAAGGGACCAGCUGAUGAGUCAAGUGAAGCAGCAGAUAGCACUUGCAAAUGCACAGGAGUUGCUACAAAAAAUGUCGGAGAAAUGUUACAAGAAGUGUAUCUCAAAGCCUGGCACCACCCUUGAUAAUUCUGAGCAAAAAUGCAUCGCCAUGUGCAUGGACAGGUAUAUGGACACGUGGAACCUGGUCUCUCGAGUGUACGCCCAGCGGUUGCAGCGCGAGUCAAACAAGAUGGGAUAAAUGAUCUUGGGUCUGAUGUCAUGUGGGGGAAAAUAUUUGACUGACCUUGCGCAACUGGUUUAUAUUAUGUUGAAAGUUUUAUGAAAAUGUGAUUAGAGUUUUCCUGGUGUGUGUGUGUACAAUGUGAGUUGUUGUAACAUUGGAUUUUUUACUGUUUACUUCGUGUCUGAAGAAAAAUCUUAUGUUUUAUGUCCACAUAAUCAGCUUCAUGUCAAGUACGAGUCAAUUAUUGUCAAAUAUUUAUCAGGGUCCGUCCCUGGAUCGAUAACAACAACAUCAGGGUCCGUCUAGGUCUGCAGAAAGGGCAUGGGCCAUGCAUGUGACUGGAGAUGACUGAUAGUACCGGUACCCAAACUGUUUUCAGUUUUGCCCACAUCUCGGGAUGGAGGAAAGGGAAGGAGCCUAGUGGGGAUGUGAGAGUUGGAGGAAUAAAACAAAAGUAGAUAGGAAGUGGGAUCUGAGCAGACCAGCUCAAGGACGAUUGUUGUGUCUGCAGAAAGGUCCACAUCGAAACCAAUUCACUCUUUGGAAGUUAACAGGUAGAAGAAGUCAAGUUAUAUUAAAAGUGUUAAAUAUUAACAGCACUUAUCAGGUCAAAGGACUCGGGGCUCAAGCUCUGGUAGCCACUGGAUCAGAGAAAUGAAAUGAACCGCGCUCUUUGUCUUGUGUUUUUCUGUAGACCCAAAUCAGAUGUAUAGGCUGUCACAGAUCAUACUUGUUUUUUUCUUUUUGUUUUUUGUUGUUUUGUUUUGUUUUUUUGCGGAUGGCAAGUAGUGAUAACUGCAGAAGUGUCUAACAAACGGACGACUGAAUUGUUAGCAGCAGUAAAAGGUUCUCUGUUGUUUCUGUCGAAGGGCAAAAAGACCAAGUUGCUUUGCCCGCUGAUAUCUGCUGUGUGGUGUGAGUGAUGACAAUUUCUUUUGUGUUGUGACACAGGAUUCAAGUCAGGUCACUAGAUAGAUGUUGGCUUACAUUACACGUAUGGCAUAAAUGCUUUAUACUGUGUGUGCUUACUUUAGUAUGAUGCCAAUGUGUGUAUGUGUUCAAAUUGAAAAGUGUAGAGUGUGUUCAAAUGUGUGUAUGCGUUUGUAUGAGUGUAGUGUGUUCACAAAUUCUAGCACAACAACAGCAGUCUCUUGUGAGUGCCAAGCUGUGUGUCUGUCCUGUGUGAUACUGAUAAUGCAUGCCUUGGACAUUGCGGAGUGCUAUAUGUUUUCUAUACCCAAAAGAAAAGAAAGUAUAGAUUAUUGCAGAAUGUAGCUAUGCCACUUUUUGUGUAUCUCACAAAACAUUUUAGUUUGAUUGGAUUGGAGAGAUUUUGCUUGUUCCUUUUCUCUUGUAUUUGAAAUAAAUUAUAAUAUUGAACGAUUGCUUUUUACAAAUCAA